AUGACGAUUUUCAAAAAACAAUCCCUCAAGACGGGAAAUGCGAGCCAUCCCCUCUGCCUAGUAACAAUCCUCUUCUUCCUCUGGGGCUUCUCCUACGGCCUCCUCGACACCCUCAACAAACACUUCCAAAACACCCUCGGAAUCACUCGCGCGCGAUCCUCCGGCUUGCAAGCCGCCUACUUCGGCGCCUACCCACUCGCAUCUCUGGGCCACGCCAACUGGCUGCUACGCCACUACGGCUACAAAGUCGUCUUCAUUUGGGGAUUGUGUUUGUACGGCAUUGGAGCCCUCGUGGCGUGGCCGUGCAUUCUGCACAAGUCGUUUGGAGGGUUUUGCGCGGCAAUUUUCAUCAUUGGAAAUGGUUUGGGCUCGCUCGAGACGGCUGCGAAUCCGUAUAUUACCGUCUGUGGACCGCCGAGGUAUGCGGAGAUUCGGAUCAAUUUUUCUCAGGCGUUUAAUGGGGUGGGGACUGUGGUGGCGCCGGUGUUGGGGUCGUAUGUCUUUUUUAAGAAGGUGGAUGAUAAUACGGAUUCGUUGAAGACGGUGCAAUGGGUGUAUCUCGCCAUUGCGUGUUUUGUGUUUGGACUGUCGGUGGUGUUUUAUUUCUCCCCGAUUCCAGAAAUCACAGAUGCGGACAUGGCUUACCAAGUCGAGGAAACUCACGCUGGCGACAAUGAACAAUCUUUCUGGAAACAGCACCGACUCUUCCACGCGGCUUUCACACAAUUCUGCUACGUGGGCGCACAAGUCGGCAUCGCCUCGUAUUUCAUCAAUUACGCCCACGAAGCGGGGAGAUCCGAUGUCGCAGCGUCGAGACUUCUUGCAGGUGCGCAAGGGACUUUUACUCUGGGACGUUUCGUCGGCGUGGCAUUGAUGAAAUACUUCAAACCAAGAUGGAUUUUCUUGGCUUAUAUGACGGGCUGUAUCGUUUUCGUCUCGCCAGCAAUCGGGCUAAAACAUGGAAACGCGGGGAUUGCAAUGCUCUAUAUUGUCCUAUUCUUCGAGUCCAUAUGCUUCCCCACCAUCGUAGCCCUCGGCAUGCGCGGUCUUGGCCGUCAUAGCAAGCGUGGGUCCGGCUGGAUCGUGGGAGGAGUCUGUGGUGGAGCUGUGGUACCUCCAGCACUAGGCGCAGCCGCAGAUCAAGUCGGGACUGCACGCGCGAUGUCUGUUGCGCUAGCGUUCUUCUUGCUUGCUUGGGCAUAUCCAUUUGCGGUGAACUUUGUACCAUCUUAUAGGGAUCCUGCUGAUAAGCUUGGCUCAGCGGAGAUUGGAAUGAAGGGAACGUUGCCACGUAAGGAUGUUGAAGCGGGAAGUGAUGGAGGAGUCCCGAGUGAGGAGGAGAAAGGUGGCGCAGUGCAUCAUGAAUUGGAAGCCCAAGGCGAGGACAAGAUCAUGGAGACCAAGGCCUGA